AUGCUUACGUGGGCCGCUCCUCCGCUCGUGGCCCGCCGCGCUUGUCCUUGCCCUCGCCAUCGUCUUCCUCGCCGCGCGGUCGUCGCCCUCGGUGCCUUCGCUCGGUGCCUUCGCGCAGCGCGCGCUCGCCUGGCUCCGCGCGCUGAGGAUGGGAAGACCUCCGACGGCGCGACCCUUGACGAUCCUCUUGGCAGUCCGUUGCCUGACUACCGAACCCGCCCAAUGCAAAUCCCUGCAUUUGCCAGUGAUCGCCUGCACCGCCCACGGGAUGAACGCACCUUGGAGACUGUGGAGCGAUUGUCGUCCCGAUACUACAAGCAGGGGUAUGGGCGUGCGUUCAACUACGGCAGUGUUCAUCGGUCUUGGUACGCCGGCACUAUGCCUCGUAUAAAUAUUAGCGUUGGCUCCUUCUUUCCCCCAGUUUUCCAACCUCUACUACCUAACAGUGUCGCGCUCUCCUCAGCUUUCCUGCAUUUGUGCUCACCUCCGCAGACAGAACUCAUGUACGCUUUGACGACCUGUGUGCUCCUCGCGCUCGGCCUCGCCGCGUCCGCGGAAAUACAGAUUGCUGCGAGUGCGAACCCGAACUGCGAGAAGCCCACUGUAUUCCAGUAUCGCGACCCCGGCUCGCAGGUGGAAUGCGUGAACUUGGGGGGUGCCAUGCGGAGCAUCCAGUGGAACGGCCUUGAGACGGAAGCCGACCUCUUCGUUGGCAACGACUGCUCGGGGCAGAGCGCACCCCUCGGCGGUAACUCCGGUUGCGCAACCGGGGCCAACGGGGCCACCUGGAGCAGCAUCCGCCUUCACGUUAGCAACCCCAAUCCGGGCCUCCCCGAGAUCGACCUCCCUGAGCCACCGUUCUGA